UUGUUUUUGUUGACAUCUGGAACAGCAUAUUUUAUUAAAUAUUCAUUGAUUUCAUCAUUAAUUCCCGAAUUUUGUCAUCAAAUUGUGCCAAAAUAAAUCGGUAGCGUUAUCAGUUGCCGAGCAAAUCAAAUCCAGACGUUAUCAGUUCAAUUACGGUGAAAGGCAGCAAAUUUCUACCGAACAUUGGAGUUGAUGUCGUCAGUUGGAGAUGUUGUUCAGUACAGUCACAGCGACAAAAGGGCUUUUAACAGUCCUCCUUGGACUGAUUUGCGUCGGCGGUGACAGACUCGUCGAUGUGAACAAAGAAUCUCCCUUGUUGAAAGCCAUUAGUGACAAUUUAACGCAUGGAUUAGUUGGAUUAGUCUCGUAUUUGGUAGUUGUGAUCGAUUACAGAACGAGUAUUUCGCUCUCGGAGCAGCUCUUAUUGACUUUUGCGUGUUUCAUCAUCGCUUGCGGGAUCGAUGUUGAUCAUUUUAUCAUGGCGCGAUCGUGGAAAUUGAUUCACGCAACGAGUCUUCCAUCUCGACCAUAUCUUCAUUGUUCAACGAUUCCAUUGAUUUUUCUCAUUCUGACAUUCUUCGCGAGCAAAUUCAGCUUUCGUUUAACACUGUGGACAAUGAUGGUCUUUUGUGCAUUUCUCUCGCACCAUAUUCGAGACUCGACAAGACGAGGUCUGUGGUUUUUCGGAUAUGGGCAUACAAGUGCCUUGCCCUAUUAUGUAUACGUGACAGCAGUAAUGGCGUUACCGUGGAUCGUAAUUAGGAUAAUUGAUAGUUUAACUGUGAUAAAGCAUUCAAUGACAUACAAUAGAGUAGUAGAUGUUUAAGAAAUGCGUUUGAAGUUGAUGAGAUACAGAAAUGAAGGCCUUUAAUUAGCCUAGAGUGCUCAACAGAAUAAAAACAGCUAAAAAUUAAGUUUAUUAGAUGGGAUUUAGGAGAAUUUUUAAUCAAAACUAGAAGAAUUUUAAAGAAAAUUGUUAAAAAUUUAAAUUUUCUGUAAGAAAAUACUUUAUGAUUUUAAAUUUUAUCUAAAAACUUAGAUA